ACCAGGGCACUGACAACUCUGAAGGGGACAAGGAAGACGAGAUGCCGGCUACAGAGAAGGACCUUGCCGAGGAUGCGCCAUGGAAGAAAAUACAACAGAACACUUUUACCAGGUGGUGCAAUGAGCACCUCAAGUGCAUAAACAAGAGCAUCACUGACUUGCAGAAGGAUGUUGGCGACGGUUUAAAGCUGAUCGGGCUCCUGGAAGUUCUGAGUCAGAAGAAGAUGUACAGAAAGCAUCACAAUAGACCCAACCUCAGACAGAUGAAACUGGAAAAUGUGUCGGUGGCCCUUGAAUUCUUGGACGGGGAACACAUCAAGUUGGUGUCUAUUGACUCCAAGGCCAUCGUGGAUGGGAACCUGAAGUUGAUCCUGGGUCUGAUCUGGACUCUGAUCUUGCACUACUCCAUCUCCAUGCCCAUGUGGGAGGACGAGGAUGAUGAGGAGGCCAAUGAACUGACCCCCAAGCAGAGGCUGCUUGGCUGGAUCCGGAACAAGGUGCCUGAGCUGCCCAUCAACAACUUCCACCGUGACUGGAGGGACGGCAAGGCCCUGGGAGCCCUGGUAGACAACUGUGCCCCUGGUCUGUGCCCUGACUGGCAGGCAUGGGACCCUAACCAGCCUGUGGAGAAUGCCAGAGGGGCUAUGCAGCAGGCUGACGACUGGCUGGGCGUUCCCCAGGUGAUCAACCCUGAGGAGAUUGUAGAUCCGGAAGUGGAUGAACAGUCCAUGAUGACUUACCUGUCCCAGUUCCCCAAGUCUAAACUGAGGCCUGGCGCUCCCCUCAAACCUAAAGGGGUUCAGCUGUACCCCAAAAAAGCCAAGUCUUACGGACCAGGUAUUGAAGCAAAUGGUAACAUGAUUCUGAAGCCAGCAGUGUUCACAGUGGAAACUCUGGAGGCAGGUCAGGCUGAGGUGCUGGUGUAUGUCAUUGAUCCUGAGGGACACACUGAGGAGGCUAAGGUGGUCUUCAACAACGACAAGAACAGGACCCACACCGUCAUUUACAUCCCCAAGGUUGAGGGCGCCCACAAGGUGAAAGUGCUAUUUGCUGGGCAGGAUGUUGAUAAGAGCCCCUACACAGUGAACGUGGCCAAGGCCAUAGGUGAUCCCAACAAGGUCCAGGCCAGAGGACCAGGGCUGGAUGCUACCGGCAACAUGGCCAACAAACCCACCUACUUUGACAUCUACACUGCAGGUGCUGGUAACGGUGAUGUGAGCGUUGUCAUCGUGGACACUGAGGGGAAGAAAGACACGGUGAAACUGAUCUUGGAAAACAAGGGAGACAGUGUUUUCCGUUGCACCUACCGGCCCAUGUUGGAAGGCCCCCACACCAUCCAUAUCCUGUUUGCCGGUCAGGAGAUCCUUAAGAGCCCCUUCAGGGUUCAAAUCAAAGAGGCCAUCAAUGCCGACACGUGUCGUGCCACGGGCAGAGGCCUUCAGCCAAAAGGGGUGCGGGUCAAGGAGGUGGCAGACUUCAAGGUCUUCACCAAGGGAGCUGGCAACGGAGAGCUCAAGGUCUCAGUGACUGGACCAUGUGGAGAUGAGGAGCCAGUGAAAUUAAAAGAUAUUGGUGAUGGUGUCUAUGAAUGUGAAUAUCUUCCUAACCAGACUGGUAAAUACACCGUCAACAUCACCUGGGGAGGACAGCCCAUCCCACACAGCCCCUUCGAUGUGGAGGUGAGUGAGGUGGCAGGCCCUCAGAAGGUGAGAGCCUGGGGUCCUGGUCUGUUGACCGGACGGGUGGGCAAGUCGGCUGACUUCGUGGUGGAGGCCAUCGGCACGGAAGUGGGAACUCUGGGCUUCUCUAUCGAGGGUCCAUCCCAGGCUAAGAUAGAGUGUGAUGAUAAAGGUGACGGCUCCUGCGAUGUCCGCUAUUGGCCCACUAAGCCAGAUUACUACGCUGUCCAUGUCAUAUGUGAUGACGAAGACAUCAAGGGCAGCCCCUUCAUGGCCCACAUCCUCUCUGCAACCAAUGACUGCUUCCCUGAUAAGGUGAAAGCUUUCGGUCCAGGCCUGGAGCCCAUAGGGGUCAUCGUAAACAAACCAGCAGAGUUCACCAUCGAUGCCCGCGGUGCUGGCAAAGGCCAUCUGAAGAUCUACGCCAAGGAUACAGAGAGCGUCACCAUCGACAUUAAGAUAACUGAUAAGGGAGACGGGACCUUCUUGUGUGUGUACGUUCCCAUCAAGCCCAUCAAACACACCAUCAUCAUCACCUGGGGAGAUGUCAAAGUGCCCAACAGCCACUUCAGGGUGAUUGUUGGAGAGGGCUGCCACCCAGACAAGGUCAAGGUGUAUGGUCCAGGAGUGGAGAAGACAGGACUCAAGGCAAACGAGCCCAACUUCUUCACUGUGGACUGCGCAGAGGCUGGACAAGGAGACAUCAGUAUUGGGAUCAAGUGUGCUCCAGGAGUGGUGGGUCCAGCUGAGGCUGACAUCAACUUUGACAUUAUCAAGAACGACAAUGACACCUUCACUGUCAAGUACACCCCCCCCGGUGCAGGGAAAUACACCAUCAUGGUGUUGUUCGCUGAACAGGAAAUCCCCAUUAGUCCAUUUAGAGUGAAGGUGAAUAAUUUCCAUGAUGCUGGCAAUGUGAGGGCUGAGGGUCCAGGACUCAACAAGACAGGCGUGGAGGCGGGCACUCCGACCCACUUCACCAUCUUCACAAAGGGAGCAGGCAAGGCCAAGCCAAAGGUCCAGUUCACAGCAGCAGAACUGAAGGGAGAGGCUGUCAGGGACUUUGAGAUCAUAGACAACCAUGACUACUCCUACACCGUUAAGUACACCGCUGUUCAUCAGGGUCAGAUGACCAUCUCCGUUACCCAUGGAGGGGACCCCAUUCCCAAGAGCCCCUUCAAUAUUACUGUGGCUCCUCCUGUAGAUCUGGGAAAGGUCAAGGUUACAGGACUGGACACCAAGGUGGAAGUUGGCAAGGAUCAAGAGUUCUACAUCAACACCCAGGGAGCCGGAGGACAGGGCGAGGUGGCUGUCAAGAUGACCUCACCCUCUGGCCGACCAAUUCCUUACAAGCUGCAUUCGGACACAGCCAAUGGAGCCCACUCUGUGAAGUACAUCCCCCCAGAGGAGGGGACUUACAAGGUGGACGUCAGCUAUGAUUGCAACCCCGUCCCUGGAUCCCCCUUCGCUGUGGAGGGAGUGAUGCCUGCUGACCCAUCAAAGGUGUGCGCAUACAGCCCAGGCCUGAAGGGAGGCAUUGUGGGUAAACCAGCCCCCUUUGCCAUUGACACCAAUGGAGCAGGCCCCGGCGGGCUGGGCCUGACUGUGGAGGGGUCGUGCAAGGCUAAGAUCGAGUGCCAGGACAAUGGACACAGUACCUGCUCGGUGUCCUACCUGCCUACCGAGGCUGGAGAGUAUGCCAUCAAUAUCCUGUUUGGAAAGCAGCACAUCCCUGGGUCUCCUUUCAAGGCAGCUGUUAAGCCAUGCCUGGACCCCAGCCAGGUAACUGCCAGUGGUCCAGGCCUAGAUAAAGCCAAGGCAGGGGAACCAGCCUACUUUACAGUGGACUGCACCAGUGCCGGAGAGGCUGAGCUCACCAUCGAGAUUGUCUCUGAGUCCGGGGCUGAGUCCGAGGUCCACAUCCAGAAGACAGCCGAGGGAUCCUUCUCUGUCACCUACAUCCCACCUUUCCACGGCACACACACCAUCACCAUUAAGUACGGGGGUCAUGUGGUUCCCAACUUCCCUGCACUCAUCCAAGUGGAGCCGGCUGUUGAUACCAGCGGAGUGCAGGUCUAUGGACCAGGAGUGCAGCCCUUAGGUGUCAUCAAGGAGGUUACCACUCACUUCAUUGUGGAUGCCCGCAAAAUGCCCAAGACCUUUGGUGACCACUUGAAAGCAUGCAUCAUCAACCCUUCAGGCACCAACACAGACACCUACAUCACAAACAAGGGAGACGGAACCUUCAGAGUGGAAUACACCGCCUAUGAGGACGGUAUGCAUGUGAUUAAGGUACUGUAUUGCGAGGUGGCCAUCUCUAAGAGUCCCUUCAGGGUGUCAGUGGUGGAGGGAUGUGACCCCACCCGGGUCAGGGCCUACGGGCCAGGGCUCGAGGGAGGACUCAUCAACACACCAAACUGCUUCACCGUCGAGACCAGGGGUGCUGGUACUGGAGGCCUGGGCCUGACCAUAGAGGGAGCGUCAGAGGCAAAAAUGACCUGUAAAGAUAACAAAGAUGGCAGCUGCAGCGUAGAGUACGUUACCUUCACACCUGGAGAGUACGACGUCAAUAUCAACUUCGGAGGACACCCCAUUCCAGGCAGUCCGUUCCGCGUGCCAGUGAGGGAUGUGGUGGAUCCCAGUCAGGUGAAAUGUUCAGGCCUAGGUUUGGGUGACAGAGUCAGAGCCCACCUACCUCAGACCUUUACUGUGGACACUAUACAGGCAGGACAGGCAAAUCUGCAGGUCAGUCUCAUAGGACCAUCAGGUUCAGAGCCUGUUGCUGUAAAAAAUAACAGUGAUGGUACACACACAGUCAACUACACUCCAGUUCAUGAUGGCCCUUACACUGUGUCAGUUAAAUAUGGAGACCAGGAGGUUCCUCACAGUCCAUUCAAGGUGAGAUCUCAGCCUGGUCAUGAUGCCAGUAAGGUUUGUGCAAGCGGUCCAGGUCUGGACAAGUCAGGUGUGCCCGCCAGCCUGCCAGUGGAGUUCACCAUUGAUGACCGCGACGCAGGAGAGGGACUGCUCACUGUACAAAUACUGGACCAAGAAUGCAAGCCAAAGAAGGCUACCAUCUAUGAUAACAGAGAUGGGACCUACACAGUGUCUUACGUACCAGACUCCACCGGCCUUUACACAAUCAUGAUCAAGUAUGGAGGCGAUGAGAUCCCCUACUCUCCCUACCAUAUCUUAGCCCUGCCCACUGGAGACGCCAGCAAGUGUCUGCUCACUGUGUCUAUCGAAGGACAUGCCCUGGCAUCAGGUCUGACUAAGAUGCAGUUGCACGAGGAGGCCAUCAUCUCUGUGGACACAAAGGCUGCUGGGAAGGGCAAGGUGACCUGCUCGGUCAUGACCCCAGAGGGGGUGGAGCUAGACAUGGAUGUGCAGGAGAACCGUGAUGGAACCUUCGAGAUCUACUACACCGCUCCAGAACCAGGAAAAUAUGUCAUCACCAUCCGCUUCGGAGGACAGCACAUACCCAGGAGCCCCUUCCAUGUUACGGCAACAAAGGAGCCCAUUGUCCUUAGUGACGGCAUGGAUCAGUUCCGCCCUCUCAACCUGGUCAUCCCGUUCACUGUACAGCAGGGACCGAUCACAGGUGAGGUGCGUAUGCCCUACGGUAAGACUGCCCAUCCCUACAUAAUAAAUGACAAUGAUGGGACCAUCACAGUUAAAUUCAACCCUACUGAAAAGGGUCUGCACGAGAUGGACAUCAAGUAUGAAGGAAAUCACAUCCCAGGAAGCCCCCUCCAGUUCUAUGUGGAUGCUAUGAACAGUGGUCUGGUGACAGCAUACGGCCCUGGUCUCUGUCAAGGGUCCAUCAACAAACCUGUCACUUUCAUUGUGGUCACCAAGAACGCUGGAGAAGGUGGUCUGUCCCUAGCGGUGGAGGGUCCUUCUAAGGCAAAGAUCACCUGUAAAGACAAUAAGGAUGGAACCUGUACUGUAUCCUACCUGCCCACCUCACCAGGAGACUACAAGAUCAUUGUCAAGUUUGACAACAAACACAUAGCCGGCAGCCCCUUCACUGCUAAAAUCACUGGUGAUGACUCUAUCAGGACAUCCCAGCUCAACGUGGGGACAGCAGCAGACUUGCCACUGAAGAUCACAGAGUCUGACCUGAGUCUGCUGACGGGUAAUAUCAGAGCUCCAUUAGGCAACGAAGAGCCGUGUUUGCUCAAGAGACUGCCCAGCAGACACAUAGGUAUCUCCUUCACCCCUAAGGAGGUGGGAGAGCACAAGGUGAGCGUGAAGAAGAACGGUAAGCACGUGACCAACAGCCCUUUCAAGAUCCAGGUUGGCCAGUCAGAUAUUGGCGAGGCCAGUAGGGUCAAGGCCUUUGGUAAAGGACUGGUGGAGGCACACACCUUCAAAAUGGCUGAGUUCUUUGUGGACACUAGGGAUGCAGGCAGAAAUACAGCCGGUAUGACGAGUUUCGCAUCAACAUUCAAAAUGGGUUAUGGUGGUCUGGGGUUGUCGAUCGAGGGUCCGAGUAAAGUGGAUAUUAACUGUGAGGUUGUGGAGGAUGGGACGUGCAGAGUCAGUUACUGCCCCACAGAGCCAGGCAACCACAUCAUCAACAUCAAGUUUUCUGACAAGCACAUCCCAGGAAGUCCUUUCACAGUGAAGGUGACAGGAGAAGGAAGGAUGAAGGAGAGCAUCACCAGGAAGAGAACUGCCCCCGCCAUCGCUUCUGUCGGCAGCGCCUGUGGCCUCAACCUCAAAAUCCCUGGAAACUGGUUCCAGAUGGUGUCAGCCCAGGAGAGGAUGACGCGCACAUUCACACGCAGCAGCCACACGUACACACGCAAGGAGCGCACGGAGAUCAGCAAGAUGCGGGGCGGCCAGACGAAGAGGGAGGUGAGGGUCGAAGAGAGCACCCAGACGGGAGGAACAGGAGGAGCCAGUCCAUUCACAGAUGUUUUUGGAGAGUUCCUGGGCAGAAAGAGUCUGGCUAGCUUCGCUGGGAUACCCGCUACAGUCACACCAGGUGAAACCGCUACCAUGGGUAGUAUGAUGGCCCAGGUUACCAGCCCUGGGGGUAAAACAGAACAGGCAGAGAUCAUAGAUGGAGGGGACAGCACCUACAGUGUCCGCUUCGUGCCCCAGGAGAUGGGGGCCCACACGGUCAAUGUGAAGUACAGCGGGCAGCACGUCCCAGGUAGUCCCUUCCAGUUUACAGUGGGACCCCUGGGAGAAGGAGGGUCCCACAAGGUUCGGGCCGGAGGCACUGGGCUGGAGAGAGGAGUGGCAGGAGCACCAACUGAGUUUAGUAUCUGGACGCGGGAGGCCGGUGCAGGCGGUCUGUCCAUCGCAGUAGAGGGGCCCAGUAAGGCUGAGAUCUCCUUUGAAGACAGGAAGGAUGGAUCCUGUAGGGUGGUCUACAUUGUACAGGAUCCAGGUGACUAUGAAGUGUCAAUCAAGUUCAACAACGAGCACAUCCCCGACAGCCCCUUUGUUGUUCCCAUAGCAACGCUGUCUGAUGAGGCUUGCCGACUCACUGUCACCAGCCUGCAGGACCUAAAGGUGAACCAGGAAGCGUUGUUCGCUGUACAGUGUAACGGGGCAAGGGGCGUGGUUGAUGCUAAGGUCCAUACCCCCUCCGGCUCAGCAGAGGAGUGCUACAUCACAGACCUGGACAGUGACAAGAACACCAUCCGCUUCAUUCCCCGUGAGAAUGGCGUGCACUCCAUCGACGUCAAGUUCAAUGGCAGCCACAUCCCUGGAAGUCCGUUCAACGUGAGGGUGGGGGAGGCCGGACAGGCUGGAGACCCAGGCAUGGUGACAGUUUAUGGGCCUGGACUAGAUGGAGGAUCCACAGGUGUAGCCUCAGAGUUUGUAGUGAACACCUGUAACGCGGGGUCGGGUGCCCUGUCCGUGACCAUCGACGGUCCCUCUAAGGUGAAGAUGGACUGUUCCGAUUGCCUUGAUGGCUACAAGGUCAUCUACACACCUAUGGCCCCCGGCAACUAUCUCAUCACCAUCAAAUAUGGAGGACCCAACCAUAUAGUGGGCAGCCCAUUCAAAGCCAAAGUCACAGGUACCCGUCUGUCUGGUGGUCACAGCCUUCACGAGACGUCCUCGGUCCUGGUACAGACGAUUACUAAGACGUCCAAGGUAGCAGGAGCGUACAGUACCUCGUCAAAACUGACCUCUGACGCCAGCAAGGUGGUGUGUCGAGGCGGCGGGCUCACCAAGGCUCUGGUCGGACAGAAGAAUGUAUUCAAUGUGGACUGCAGCAAAGCAGGUACUAACAUGUUGCUUGUGGGAGUGCACGGUCCCAGGACGCCCUGUGAAAAGGUGUACGUUAAACACAUGGGCAACCGCCUGUACAACGUCACCUACACUGUCAAAGACAAGGACAACUACACCAUUAUCGCCAAGUGGGGGGAUGACAGUGUUCCUGGCAGCCCCUUCAAAGUAGCUGUGCCCUGAAAGAACUCUGUUCUCCAAACCCUUGAAAUCUCACCCCUAACCCCCAUUUCACCGCCACCCUGCUCCGCUGCACGACUGUAGAGCGAACCUCCUCUCCCAAUGUGCACAAAAAACAUGCAAAGAAGUUUCUCUCCCUAUAAGUAAAAAAUAAGAUUUCAACCUUUAUUUAAAAAUGAUUAACUCUAACUGUUACUGUUUAGAGAAAGUUGUCUGUGACUAGUAACUAUCAUUGUGAAGCAGAAUUCACGAAGCGUUGGAUUGUUCACCCACUAAUAGGGAAACGUGAGCUGGGUUUAGACCGUCGUGAGACACGUUAGUUUUACCCUACUGAUGGUGUGUUGUUGCAAUAGUAAUUAUUUCCAGAGUUGGAAAGAGGGCACUCCUAUAUUUUGCCAUUAAUUGUUUCUGUAACUGCAUGGGCAGUGCGCCAUCUAUCGAUCUCUAUGUGUACUGUAGACGUGUUCCAAGUCAUGUUGUUCAAAGUAUUUUGAUUGGUCCAAAGACCCUGUUCGACCAAUAGAAAGGGAUUGUUGUGUAGCAAAGGAUGGCUUAAUGUGUGAAUGUUAUAAACUGAAGAUAAUUUGCUAUCAAACAGUAUUAAAUAUCGUAUGCUUAAAUAAAAAUAAACAUGUCUUUUUGUUAUA